AGGAAAAUUUUACUCGAAAUAUAUAGUACACGUAACGUAUUCUAUAUUACAUCGAGUAAAAUUUUUCUCGGAAAGGACGUUUUGGAAUGUAGCCCAAGACUUACUACACCUAUUGUAGAUCCGGCCUAAAGAAUCACAGAAGACAGUUAUAAGCCUGUUCUUUUUAGCUGCACUGAUGCACUGGUGCAAUAAGUUAAAUCACAGUCGUUAACGAUCUACAAAAAAUGAUCCUGAAUUUUUGUGAUCCUCGUCUACGUCCAGAAAUUAAAUGCAGCGCUAUCAGCAUGGACGGAUAUGAAGUGACCAAUUUGAUAAACGACUCCCGCAAAGGAUAUUUGGCGUACUCCUGCAUCAAACCACCAGUUCAUAUAGACAUCACGUUCCUCUGCAACAUUUCGAUCAAUCACGUAUUGAUCUGGCCAUCCGUUGGGCCACAAAAGUCGUCGGGCUUUCAGCUUUAUUCCAGAAAUACCAACAAUAACAGUAUCCCAUAUACCGUAUUGUCCAGUGGAUUUCUGAGCCCCGACGAUGCCGGAGUGUUGUUUUACUCCAGCGACAUCAAUUCCGCGGAGAUACCCACGCCAACGAAUUUUUUGAAACGUUACAUGAAAGUCUCUCUGACGAAGUACGUUCAUGUUUUACGUGUAACAAUAUAUAAAACGGAGAAUUCAGUUCCAGCAUUGGGAAAGAUUGAAGUGUGGGGAACAGUAGCCCCAUGUUGUGGGAAGGAUAUUGUAGCAAGCGUACAAGCUUUAUGGGCUAAACGUCCAUUGAUAUCACUAUCUGUAACUAAACUUAAAACUAACAAUACUCCUACAGAUACCAGAGACAAUAGAUUGAAGAUUGAAGCAAACUUUAGAAUUCCUAAAAGUUUUCUAGACCCUAUUACAUGGGAAAUAAUGACCCAACCAAUUAUACUACCUAGUGGUAAUAUAAUAGAUCAAACCACAUUAGAAAAAUAUGAAGAAAAUGAAAAAGUUUGGGGUAGACCGUUGUCAGAUCCAUUCACUGGUUUGCGAUUUACCAAUGAGCGUAGAUGCAUUUUGGCGACUGCACUCAAGUCAAGAAUUGACAAAUUUCUAUUAGAAAACAGCAAUCAGAAUGAAGUAAAGCAACUACCGAGAGUUUUAGGCCAUGGUCCAACUGUAGCAGGAGACAGAAGAAUAAUUGAAGUACCAAAGUUUGUGUUGAAUAGAAUAAAUAAUCCGUUAAAAAGGCCUGCCGAAGAUACUAAACCAAAUAUAUGCAAGCAGAUGACAGCAGAUAACAAUUUGCAGCAUGCAAAGAGAUAUUGCCAUAAAUUGCCGAUAGCAGUGGUGCUCCAACCAUCCACUGCCAAAAUUAGAGUAAAACCAAGACAGUUCACAGAUAUUUUAACUUCCUCCAAAUUAGCUCAUAACAAUUCUGAAAUUAAUAGCAAUAAUGACAACCCAGACGUAUUGGUUGAUGAUAUCUUUUUAGAUAAUAAUUCGCAGACUCUGUUACCUGGUAUAAAACGCUUCAGCACAUUGGAAACAAUGGAACUACAUAAGAUAUCUUACAAAUGCGAAUGCUGUAGUAAUAGUAUUUUUUACAGACUUCCAUGUAAACACGUAGUAUGUAGAAAAGUAUUGUUAUCUACUAAAAAUAGGCAAUGUAAAUCUUGUAGUAUUUCUUAUAAAUCGAGCGAAGUUGAAAGGAUUCAUAAUAUUCUAAAUAAAUAAUAAGCGCGCGUGUGUGUGUGCGUGCGUGUGUGUAAACAAUAAAACAGAGCUCAAUUUUUUAGCAUUUAUUACAUGCCAUAUUUUGUCUGUAAUAUGCAAAAUAUAUUAUUAUUACACAUUGAAUCAAUAUUAUACAAUCCAUGACAAUUUUAGUGAAAAUCAAAUUACAAUAUUUUGGCACAACAUAAUUUGCGUUCAUGUAAAGUCGUGUUGCAAUUACGUGUGUUCGUAUACAUCUAUGUAAAUGAUGUGUAUACAAGUUUAAUUUUUUAUUAUGUAUAUAUGGUAUAACAAUAACUUGGAAAUAAAAUUUAUGUAGUUUUUUACUUUGUACGUUUUUACAUGAAUGCUUAAAUAAGCAACAUUAUUAUUUUACAGAAUUUAUGUACUUUGUUCAGCUUAUAUGCUACAUUUAAUAAAAUUUAUACGAUUA